CCGGGCUACGCCGCUACGCUCCCAGAGUUUUCAGCACCACUGGGCAAGGCGGCAACGCUGUAGCAUGUGUCCACGAAAUAAUCUGUUUUUUCCUACGCGGUGUAAAACACUUACUACCCAAAGUAUACGCUACAAGUUUCUGGUGCCUAGUGUUGUCGCUUUGCUCCAGGGCGUUUGCGAAAGUAUAGCGGAAUGUUUUGAUAUCACUUGUGUGCUGGUGUUGCUACUUAGCGCUGAAAUCGGAACGAUCCUUGGUCCCGACAAGUCUGUUAUGCAAGAGUUGCUGAAAGAUCAAAAAGAUGACGACUACGCAUCGCAGGCACGGAUGGUUGAAUUCAUUCGAAGCGACUCCGGGCCGUCGAAUCCCGGAGAAUGUGGACCAAGCUGCUGAUGUCCCGCUGACGGCACCAGCAUUGCUUGUCAGAACUCAUUCCGACGCAUUCUCCAAGAUGACGUCAGCUGCGCCCUCCGCGGAAGUUAACGACGUCAACUACAGCUCCACCGCGAGGGACGCCAAGGAGUGGCGAAGGCUGGCGGUCCUCGCCUCCCUCGCCAUCGUCCUCGUGGCUGCCUUCACCCUGAUCGCCUACGCCCUGCCCGCGCCCAGACUCGUGCGCCUUCUCACGAGGUGGUGCGACACGGACGACUGCCGCCACCACGCGGCGCUGCUGACGGGCGGCCUGAACCGCAGCGUCGACCCGUGCCACGACUUCGAGGCGUACGCGUGCUCCACGUGGACGCCGGACGCCCGGUUUCCCGUCCUGUCCAACGCGCUCGACGACGUCGCCAUAGCCUGGCUGACCGGACUCGGAGAGCUGCUCGACAGAGGCGCGAAGGAAAUACCGGCGGCGAGGAAGCCUCGGGCUCUGUUCGCAGCAUGCGUCGCCUCGGCCGCCGGUCACGCGAGUGCGCAAGACAGGCAGCGGUUCCGGGAGUUCCUCCAGGAACUGGGACUGUCCUGGCCGGAGGCGCCGGCGAGCAACGUGUCGGCGCGCAGCGUUUUGGUCGACCUCUCGCUGCACUGGGACGUGUCCCUGUGGUUACACAUUCGGGUGGCGCGGCACCCGUUCGCCGCCGGCGCUCGCCGAAUUGUGUUCCUGCCCGGCAGGAAGAGUGACGUACGCCUGUUCGUCGGCAACCACGCGCGCGUUAUGGCCACCGGCAGUUACGGAAGGUACUGGAAAAUGGUCUACACGUUUCUGACGGGCCACCAGCCGGGACCCGACGUCCAUCGGGUCAUAAAGAGAAGCGCCCAAGUUCAGGGACAGGCUGUAGCCGUUCUCCGCGAGAUUGCAACGUUCCGGUCGCACUCCGCUACAUCUCUGUUACGCCAUUCGGACAAGCUGGGAGGGGGCGACUUCGGCCCCUGGCUAGCAGCGCUGCGCGAGCACCUGCGGCCGUACGCACCGCUGACGCCCAACGACGACGUCCUCGUGACGGACGCCCAGCUGCGCGCGGUCGCCGACUUCCUCGACUCCACGGGCAACGCGGACGCCCUGUCGCACAUCUCCUGGCACUUCGCGCAGACCUACCACGCGCUCUUGUUCGACAGGACGCUCCUCCCGGACGACGUCGCAGCUGCGGGUGACGCGGACGCGUCGUCCCGCCUGGCCACGCUGUGCGCCAUGGAGGUGGACGCCGUCUACAGCCACCUGGUGGCCGCGCUCCACGUUCGGAUCCGGCUUUUCUCUAGCGCGCGCGCCGACUUUGCCCUUCGCACGGUGACGCGGAAGGCUCGGACUCUCGCGAACGAGACGUCCUGGUUGGACCCGGACGCGAGGCAGUUCCUAGCGCUCAAGCUGGAGUCGGCGUCGGUGCGUCUCUGGCCCCCGGCACUAGCGGCGGAGACGACGGCCGACUCCUUCGACGAGGCCGACGCGUUCGAAAAGCUUUACGCGUCCUGCCCGGAGAGUGAGGCGAGCGUCGUUAGCUUCUGGAUCAAAGCUCGCUAUUGCCUGCGCGAGCGACUGAUGGCGGUGGGUCGGCGCCGAUACGACGCGGAGGCGCUGCUACCGAACUUGACGCCCCGCCUUGCCGACUACACGCCGCCGCUGAACGUCGUCGACGUCGCCAUCGCGGCGCUGGCGGCUCCUCUCUACUACAGCCGAGGGACUCUGGGCAUGCUCUACGGCGGCCUCGGCUUUCUCUACUCGCUCGCGCUGAUGAGUGCGUUGGACGAGGCCCACCAGUACGUGCACCCCAACGGAAGCGUGAGCCAAUCGGGGUCGUGGAUUUCUCGGAACGCCACGGAAGCGCUCGAGCUGAAGCAGCAGUGUGCGGAGAGCCCGGGUCACGUGACGAAGUGGGUCCGAGGCACUGACGUUGCGGCCGUGGAGCUGGCGUACGCGGUCUUUCUCGAGCAGUUGCUGAAGAGCUACCAGGCGAACUUGACUGCCGAGCUCGACGACGAGAAAGUCUUUUUCAUGACUCUUUGCCGCGCGACUUGCUCUAAGAAAGGCGACAAGGUGACACCGUGGCCCAUGGUGAACUGUAACGAACUCGUGGCCAACUUUCAAGGAUUCUCAGACGUGUUUAAUUGCCGCAAGCCUUCGCCAAUGAUAGCGGAAAAUAAGUGCAGGUUCUUUGGAUCGGCGUAGUGGAAGCUUUUUUAAUUUUCUUCCCGUAAAUAUAUGUGUCAGCACAAUGCUGACCUUUAUCUUAGUUUACUCGCCACCUUUAUAGUUGCGUAUACAUGUUCUGUAAACAACUAAUUAAACUUGAAUAAGGAGGCUGACUGCCAUACAGAAUGAA